AUGGUUAGUGAUGAUCAUCGAUAUGAUAAUCAAACAAUCAUUAAAUCUAAUAAAAUUGAAUUAGAUCAAUUUAAUGAAAUAUGCUUAAAAGAAAAUAAUCGAUUAAGACAAUUACAUAAUUGUCCUAAACUGAAAUUAAAUUAUCGUUUAAUAAAAUCUGCACAAAUUCAUUCGGAAUAUUUACAAAAAUUACAUCAAUUACAAAAAAUUGAUCAUUUAAUAUGUGGUCAAAAUAUGGCUUUAAUAAUUGGUCAACAAAAUUGCCAACUUGCAGGUUAUUUUGCUCAAAUGAUUUGGAAAAAAACGAAAAAAGUUGGAUUCGGUUUUACUAAAUCAGAAAUAGGUAAUAUAAUUUUCGUUGUUGGACAUUAUUUACCGGCUGGUAACAAAACUACAGAAUUUCAAGACAAUGUUCUACCAAGAAGAGAAGGUGAAUUAAAAGAAAUAUGA